UUGCCGUCAGAUCUUGCGCCACGUUUUCUGGGUGAGCUCCUUAACAGGAUGCCCAGAGAAGGACGGGCACAUACAGGACAGUUUCCCUGAGGAGGAACAGAGCUGCUGGGAACAGGACCCUGGUGUUCAAGGGGCCCAGGCCUUCCAGAGGCCCAGCAGAAAGGUCCCUGAGAGAGCCUCCUGCCAAAGAAGCUGCAAAAGUGUCCCUGUCCUUUCCUGAACUGGACUUUUCACAACGAGGACCUGGAGCUGGAGUUUGUGAUCUGAAAUGCACCGAGUCCCCCAACUAACCACCUCUUGGGCUGAAAGGGACCUUCAGAGAGCCUGGGAGAAAAGCUACCAGGAACACAGGAAAAAGGUCCUGAAUGCCCAGCCACUCGUGGACACCCACCCACCGCAGAAUUACAGCCACCUCCACCUAAAGUUCAAGAAGUUGAAGAUGGAAAAAGAAAGACUCACCGUCAUCGACAGAGACAACUGCCUGCUUCUGCAGAGAGUGGCCUCCGCCAUGAAAACCAGGCGACAGACUGAUGGACAAAAUAACCUCACACAGAGUCUAAACAGGAAGACAAGAGAACAGGCACUUAUGAAAGCACAGAAACAAAAUAAAGUCAUUCCAGAGAGAAACAGAAGCACAGAGCCCUGGAAUGGAGCAGAAAGAUGGCGGGAGGACUGGGCAGCCAUGGCCAGACGUCCCUGCAAACGCAGACACCUGGAGAAAAGGCUGCUCCCCCCUUCAGGAGGACAUGAUCAAAAAAAGAACCAGCCACUGAGUUCAUGUCAGAGACAGCUCCUGUUCCCAUUACUAGUGAACCCACUUGGAGACUGAGCUGCCAUGGGCUACAUAAUAGAGCUGAAAUUGAUGCCCAGCAAGGGCACAGCCUCGUCAGGAUGCCCAACCUGAAGUAGAUGGGGUGAGGAUUCAGACCCCAACCACUGAAAAAAGACCAGAGCCCAGAAGCACUGAUGGGGCUUUCCUGUGCUUUCCUUGGGGUGGGGGUGGGCUGGCUGUGUGUGGGUCUUAGGGCUGUUAGCCUAGCAUCUGUGGCCAAGCUGGCUUCAUAUGCGCCUCCUGGGACAGCUGUGGGAGCUGUGACACAGAACUCUGGGGCUUUGUGGUCACGACCUGCGCCAGAUGACACAGCACAGCUAUUUACUGUGUUUCUUGGACUGAUAGCCAAAAACAAAAUAUGCAGAGUAACACCGGAAGUUACAGGACUUUGCAAUAGACUCUUUUUUCUCUCACUGUUAAUACUAUUCUGAGUUACUAUGAGUUGGGAUGGUUGUAUGUAAUUCCCAUAAACAAAACAACAACAACAACAACAAAAACCCUUUGUGACUGUCAUUUUACCAAAUAUGUAAAUAAAUCAAAUUGAAAUCCAUGACCCAAGAGGUAAGGAUCCUUUGGGUCUUACAGAGCAAUU